CGCCGCAGGCUCACUCUCCCCUGGCUAGGCGAGCGCCGGCAGACGCUUGGCCCGGCCGGGGCGCCAGGUCCGUAGCUGCUGAUCGGGAGACCGAGAUCAGCUGCCUGCCGGAGCCGGCCCGAGAGCCACUACCCGGGACGCCAUCGCCUCCCUUCCCGGCGCUCUUUUCUCCCCGGCGAUCGCCACCGCUUCCUGGAACAGAGACGCCUUUCUUCGGCUCCCUGCGGGUGACCGAGGCAAGAACCCCAGCCGGUUGUGUGCGGAGGCCAGUCGCCACUACUGAGUUGAAACAAAAUGUCCGUCAGCGUGCAUGAGAACCGCAAGUCCAGGGCCAGCAGCGGCUCCAUCAACAUCUACCUGUUUCAUAAGUCUUCCUAUGCCGACAGUGUUCUCACUCACUUGAACCUUCUGCGUCAGCAGAGGCUCUUCACAGACGUCCUUCUUCAUGCGGGAAAUAGGACCUUCCCUUGCCACCGGGCAGUGCUGGCUGCCUGCAGCCGCUACUUCGAAGCCAUGUUCAGUGGUGGCCUGAAAGAGAGCCAGGACAGUGAGGUGAACUUCGACAAUUCCAUCCACCCAGAAGUCUUAGAGCUGCUUCUGGACUACGCAUACUCCUCCCGGGUCAUCAUCAAUGAAGAAAAUGCUGAGUCGCUCCUGGAGGCUGGUGACAUGCUGGAGUUUCAGGACAUCAGGGAUGCAUGUGCAGAAUUCCUGGAGAAGAACCUGCAUCCCACCAACUGCUUAGGGAUGCUGCUGCUGUCUGAUGCCCACCAGUGCACCAAGCUGUACGAACUCUCCUGGAGAAUGUGUCUGAGCAACUUCCAAACCAUCCGGAAGAAUGAAGAUUUUCUCCAGUUGCCCCAGGACAUGGUGGUGCAGCUCCUGUCCAGCGAAGAACUGGAAACAGAAGACGAAAGGCUGGUGUAUGAGUCUGCAAUGAACUGGAUUAGCUAUGACCUGAAGAAACGCUACUGUUACCUCCCGGAACUGUUGCAGACAGUGAGGCUGGCCCUCCUUCCUGCCAUCUAUCUCAUGGAGAACGUGGCAAUGGAAGAACUCAUCACCAAGCAGAGAAAGAGUAAGGAGAUUGUGGAAGAGGCCAUCCGGUGCAAACUAAAAAUCUUACAGAAUGACGGCGUGGUCACCAGUCUCUGUGCUCGCCCUCGGAAAACUGGCCACGCCCUGUUCCUCCUGGGAGGGCAGACUUUCAUGUGUGACAAACUGUACUUGGUAGACCAGAAGGCUAAAGAAAUCAUUCCCAAGGCUGACAUUCCCAGCCCGAGGAAAGAGUUCAGUGCGUGUGCGAUUGGCUGCAAAGUGUAUAUUACUGGGGGGCGGGGAUCAGAGAACGGAGUCUCAAAAGAUGUUUGGGUUUAUGAUACCCUGCAUGAGGAAUGGUCCAAGGCUGCCCCCAUGCUGGUGGCCAGGUUUGGCCAUGGAUCAGCCGAACUGAAGCACUGCCUGUAUGUGGUCGGUGGGCACACAGCUGCAACUGGCUGCCUCCCAGCCUCCCCCUCAGUCUCUCUAAAGCAAGUAGAACAAUAUGACCCCACCACCAACAAAUGGACCAUGGUAGCCCCACUCCGAGAAGGUGUCAGCAAUGCUGCCGUAGUGAGCGCCAAGCUCAAGCUGUUCGCUUUCGGAGGGACCAGCGUAAGCCAUGACAAGCUUCCCAAGGUUCAGUGUUAUGACCAGUGCGAAAACAGAUGGACAGUUCCAGCCACCUGUCCCCAGCCCUGGCGUUACACAGCCGCAGCUGUGCUGGGGAACCAGAUUUUUAUCAUGGGUGGGGAUACAGAGUUCUCAGCCUGCUCUGCUUACAAGUUCAACAGUGAAACUUACCAGUGGACCAAGGUAGGAGACGUGACAGCCAAGCGCAUGAGCUGCCAUGCCGUGGCCUCCGGGAACAAGCUUUACGUGGUUGGAGGAUACUUCGGCAUUCAGCGCUGCAAGACGCUGGACUGUUACGACCCGACUUUAGAUGCGUGGAACAGCAUAACCACGGUUCCCUACUCUCUGAUCCCUACCGCGUUCGUCAGCACCUGGAAACACCUGCCUUCCUAAGGCAGAGCAAACCGUGGAGAGCACGCGAGAGGUAAGAACCGUAGCCGG